UUUAUUUUCUUCAAAAUCCGCUGCUGCUUUUACUUUGCCGUUUCAAUGAGGACUAAUAAGAAGCUCUCUCACAGAAGCAAAACAAAAGAAGCUUGACUGACUCUCUUUCUCUCUUUCUCUCUUUCUCUCUUUCUCUCUUUCUCUCUUUCUCUCUCUAUGUAAGAAAUUCACUUUUACUUUCUCCCUCUAAAAUCUGCUCUCCUCAUUGUCUUGCCUCUGUCUUCUUCAAGAAUUGAUGUCUCUUCAACACUUUACUCUUAUUUUAAAGUACCCUCUCUCUCUCCCCUCCUCUCAAGAACCAAAAAAAAAAAGCAAAAGCCCACCAUUUUGUUCAUUGCUUUGUCCCUGUGAGAUAAAAAAGAGAGUCUAAGAAUAUAAACCCAUCUCUUAGGUUCUAUUUUCCUAGCUUACUCUUGUUGAAGUUUCUGUCUGGUCCAUAGGGAGAAAAAAAACCACAGCUCCAGUCAAAUUUUGGCAGUGAUUCAUACAGAAGUCAAACUUUUAGGGAAACAUUUCCACAUUUUUAGCUUUGAUUAUGGAUGGGUUGAGUUUCUGUUGAAGUAGAACCACACACACACACACACACACACACUGGUGAAAGAAGCAAAAGAAGGAGUAACAAUGAGAGAAGACAAAUCCAAGACAAAUAAGCUGGCCUGGUCAAUGAGGAUGGUCAGGAAAUGGUUUAAUAUAAAAAGCAAAACAGAGGAGUUUCAAGCAGAUGUUCCUGCCCCUUCUGCUGGAGUUGAAGUAGAGCACAGAAGUAGCUUCUCAGCAGAGAAAGCUCCCAGCAUAAUCACGAAGACCAAAACUGAGAAGCUCAGUAAGAACUGGGAGCAGCAAGCUCGGCAAAGGAGAAUGAAUUAUGAGAAUCCUAGGAUUGUUGAUGUCCAAAACUACAGCAUCUUUACUGCUACCUGGAACGUAGCUGGACGCUCUCCUCCUCCUGACUUAAACCUUGAUGAGUGGCUUCACUCUUCAGCUCCUGCAGAUAUAUAUGUCCUCGGAUUCCAAGAGAUUGUUCCUCUUAAUGCUGGCAACGUCCUUGGAGCCGAAGACAAUGGACCUGCUCAGAAAUGGCUCUCUCUUAUCCGCAAAACACUCAACAACCGACCAGGCACCAGCGGAGCCAGCGGUUACCACACGCCCUCCCCUGUCCCUGUCCCUAUGGCAGAGCUUGACGCUGACUUCUCCGGCUCCACAAGGCAGAAGAACUCCACCUUCUUCCACAGACGCUCUUUCCAAACCCCAAGCAGUACAUGGAACGAUCCUUCAGUCUCUCAGCCAGGUCUUGACCGCCGUUUCAGCGUCUGUGACCGUGUCUUCUUCAGCCACAGGCCGAGUGAUUUCGACCCGAGUUUCCGCGGUAGCAGCAGCAGCAGCAGCAGUCACAGGCCUAGUGAUUACUCAAGAAGGCCUAGUGAUUACUCAAGAAGACCUAGUGAUUAUUCAAGACCGAGUGAUUACUCUAAUAGACCAAGUGAUUACUACUCUAGACCGAGUGAUUACUCACGGCCGAGUGACUUCUCAAGGUCUUCUGAUGAUGAUAAUGUUACUGGUGACUCUCCAAGCACUGUCUUGUACUCGCCAGGCUCUACAGCAAACGAGAACGGGUAUAGGAUGCCGUGGAAUACUUCGCAGUAUUGUUUAGUUGCUAGCAAACAGAUGGUUGGUGUCUUCUUAACCAUUUGGGUGAAGAGUGAGUUAAGGGAACAUGUGAAGAACAUGAAGGUGUCUUGUGUUGGCAGAGGACUAAUGGGCUAUCUAGGGAAUAAGGGAUCGAUCUCAAUAAGCAUGUUGCUGCAUCAAACAAGCUUUUGCUUUGUUUGUACUCACUUGACUUCAGGACAAAAAGAAGGUGAUGAGCUGAAGAGAAACUCUGAUGUCAUGGAGAUACUUAAGAAAACAAGGUUUCCACGUGUCAAGAGCUUAGAGGAUGAGAAGUCCCCUGAGAAUAUCCUUCAGCAUGAUCGUGUAAUAUGGCUUGGUGAUUUGAAUUACCGGAUAGCACUGUCUUAUCGAUCUGCUAAAGCAUUAGUUGAGAUGCAGAACUGGAGAGCUUUGCUAGAAAACGACCAGUUAAGGAUAGAGCAGAAACGAGGCCAUGUGUUCAAAGGAUGGAACGAAGGAAAGAUCUAUUUCCCACCAACGUACAAGUACUCAAGGAACUCAGAUAGAUACUCUGGAGAUGACUUGCAUCCCAAGGAGAAACGUCGCACUCCUGCUUGGUGUGAUAGGAUACUGUGGUACGGUGAAGGAUUGCAUCAGUUAUCAUAUGUAAGAGGAGAGUCAAGGUUCUCGGAUCAUAGACCGGUCUAUGGCAUUUUCUGUGCAGAGGUUGAGUCAGCUCAUAAUAGGUUAAAGAGAACAAUGAGUUGCUCCGCUUCACGUGUCCAAGCUGAAGAGCUCUUUCCUUAUUCCCGUGGAUACACCGAGCUCAGCUUCUUCUAGAAGAAACACACAAGAUUUUUCUUUUCUCCACACUUCACGGUGAACAAAAGUGUUUUUGGAUCUUUGAGAGUGAUGGAGACAUUGCAUUGCCUCUUUAACUCAAUGGGAACAGUUUGUAGGUGUAGAAAGUGUUUCGUAAUUUUUGCCUCGGUUAACUAAUUUUCACGUACCGGCGGUUCUGUGGUCUAUCCGGUUCAUAGUUUUGAUGGUUUUUGCUAACUCUGGUGGAUUUGAAAAUUUACAGCUAAAUUAUAAGGCAAUCAACUAACUCAAUCAGAAACUGCCAAGUAGACAGAAGUUCAUUUUUAAAAUUUUCAUUCUUUUGAGUUAGCACAAGUAGGAUAAAUUAAAUUUUAUGUUCUUUGUUUUUA